CAGGUCGUUGGCGUGCAAGCCCUACGUAUAUGUCCAUCCUCGCCACCGCCUGUGCGCUGCUGCUGGCCCUGGCUCCUCCCACGGAGCCACGCUCUCGACCGGUCGUGCUCUCGCGCCGUCAGCUGCUCCCCGCGCUCGGCGCCGCCGCCGCCGCCGCGAGCGCCGCUGCGCCUCGGCCAGCGUCGGCGGCGUUUGGCCCUGCCGGAGCCGCGGUGACGUCUGUGCCGGACGUCCUUCGAAUCAACGUCGAGGAGUGGCUUGCCCUGCCCGCGGACAAGGCUCUGCAGCGGAUCGGCACGCUGUCGGUGGAGCGGCUGCAGGUGGUGUCCGAGGAGCUGGAGACGGCCCUCGCCGACGCCAGCUCCGGCACGCUCGGCGAUCUGAUCAAGCGGCUCGAGGACGACGUGGCGGACUACAACUCGACGAGCACGUACGCCGAGCUCCAGCGCGCCAGGGAGCGCGCCGAGCGGGCGAAGGCGGCGGUCGUGCUCUCUCGCCAGCUGCGCGAGCAGGAGAAGCUGCUGCAGCAGCUCGAUGCGCAGCCGCCGUGGGUGGUGUACGGCGCGGCGGCGCUCGCCUCGCUGGGCAGCACCCUCGUGAUGCACCCCAUCGACACGCUCAAGACGCGCCAGAUCGCCGGCGCCGCCGGCGCAGACGGAGACGCCGCGCGCUCGGCGGCCGCGCCUGCGCGUGCCGCCGCCGCCGCCGUGGCAGCUGAGCCGGAGCCGUUGUCGAUCGGCGAGCUGUACGUCGGCCUGCUUCCCAACAUCGUCAAGGAGGCCCCCUCCUCGGCCCUCUACCUCGGCAUCUACGAGCUAGCCAAGGGGCUGCUGCUGCAGGGAGGGCUCGCGGCGACGCCCCUGCUCGCCUACCUGCUCGCCGGCGCCGCGGGCGAGUUCGUCGGCUCGCUGAUCCGCGCGCCCGCCGAGGCGACCAAGGCGCGCCUCCAGUCGGGCCUUGCCUCGUCGACGGGAGACGCGCUGGGGCAGGUCUUGCUCUCGGGCGAGGGCCGCUCUCGCACGCUGACGGCGUGGUCGUCGUCGCUGCUGCGCGACGUGCCGAUGGGCGCUGUGCAGAUCGCCGUCUUCGAGCUGCUCAAGGCGUACCUCGUCGCGAGCCCCUCCUUCGGAUCCUUCAACGGGCUGCCCGCCGAGGCUGCCUUUGGCGCCAUCGGCGGCCUGAUCGGCGCCGUCAUCACGACGCCGGCGGACGUGGUGACGACGCGCAUCAUGACGAGGGGCGGGGAGGGAGGCGGCGGGGGCGGCGCGAGCAAGGGCGGCCGCGCGAGGGCGGUCGCGCACAGUGCAGACGAGGAGGGCCCGCUCGGCGUGGCAAAGGCGAUCCUCGCAGAGGACGGCCCGGCCGGCUUCUUUGUGGGCGUCGGCAGCCGCGGGCUCUACUGGGCGCCCGCCAUCGGCAUUUUCCUCUCGCUGUACUGCUCGCUCAGGCAGGCGGCGCUGUCCCUGUAGCGUGGAGCUUUGGGGAGGUCGGUGCUCCCGGAAGUUGGCGCGCGUACGGUCAACUGGUCGCGAGCCGUUCAUCGGCAGCCUCUGGGCAACACGCCCGCGGCCCGUUUGUUGUUUGUUGUUCGCUCUCUUCCACCACUUCGCACUUGGAGAUAUGGGGAGUUGGACUCUUCGUGCAGUUGUACUGUUUCCGUAACCGUAUGCGUUGUCCGUAAACCAAUCAAAGUCUUUGACUAUGACUAACGCAUGUGAGUACAACACUCGCGCAAGCGCGGAGACACGCAGCACGCCCGCGGCCACGUUUGACGACUGCAAUAGCGGCAGCAGGUGUCAAACCGAUAAUUCGGGCUCCUGGAAGCGCAAGCGCGCCACUGCACCGCGGCCGGAGACGCCAAACGAAAUGUCGAUGGAAGUGCAGCCGCUGGUCGAGAAGCAGAGCGCGGUGGCUCGCGUGCAGUUCAGGUUGGGGCAGUCCAGCAUGCACGCUUCGCUCGGACGCUUCGUCCACACGUCGCGCUCGAUGCACGCUCUGUCACUCCCAGGAGCUCGCUGCGCGAGGUUUUGGGAGAAGCUGAUGCGCUUGCCUCUGGAUGUGCGGGCGGAGAGAGCGCUCUCGCGCUUGAGUGUGGCGACAGUGCCCUCGACAUUGAUGUUGACGAUGGCGCACACGGGCAAACGACGACACAACACUUUGGCUUUGCGGCAUCCGUCUCGUCGGCAUCCGAUCAUGCAGGCACCGGCCGCCCACGGUUCGUCGCGAUAGAUAUCCUUCUCCUCGCAGUCAAAGUCGUCACCCGC